UUUGAUCUCAAGUCUGGGAAUGAAGAUUUCGUCUUUAAGCGUGUGGAAAGGCCUUUCUACAAUCUUUCCGUCCGGAUCGCAGCUGAGCUUACAGACCCCCGUCGGCUCCACCUGUAUAUUGACUGCAACGAAGAGGAGGGCGUCGUUGUCCACCCCUAUUUUAAAACAGCCGUCCUUUCGCUAAUCAAGCACGAUCUCGAGUUUCCUGUGCUAGAGAGGAAGAAGGUCCUGCGCUGGGUCGGCGAGGCAAUCCAGGAGAUGCACAGCAAAGACUGGAUUCACAUCAAGCGUCUAACCUAUUCAUUUUCUAUGCUGGAUGUGAAACCGGACAACAUUUUGGUCAACUGGACCUGCGACAGCAAGGGUAACAAGAUAGUCACCGAC